GGUCGGCAUUCAAGUGAGCAAGCAGCGUGCUUCUGCCCCACAUCAAGGUCCUACCGCGUCUGGUUUUCCUUUUCCCUGGCCGUGCGAUCGCUGUAACUUCAGGCCCACAAUGGAUGCCCUGAGACUGGCAAAUUCGGCUUUUGCCGUUGACCUGUUCAAACAACUGUGUGAAAAGGAGCCAGCGGGCAAUGUCCUCUUCUCUCCAAUCUGUCUCUCCACCUCUCUGUCACUUGCUCAAGUGGGUGCCAGAGGUGACACAGCAAACGAAAUCGGACGGGUCCUUCAUUUUGAAAAUGUCAAAGACGUGCACUUUGGAUUUCAAACAGUAACAUCGGAUGUCAACAAACUUAGUUCCUUUUAUUCCCUGAAACUAAUCAAACGGCUCUACAUAGACAAAUCUCUGAAUCUUUCCACGGAGUUCAUCAGCUCUACCAAGAGACCCUAUGCAAAUGAAAUGGAGACUGUUGAUUUCAAAGAUAAAUUGGAAGAAACAAAAGGUCAGAUCAACAACUCAGUUAAGGAACUCACAGAUGGCCGCUUUGAGAACAUUUUAGCUGACAACAGUGUAACAGACCAGACGCAAAUCCUUGUGGUUAAUGCUGCCUACUUUGUUGGGAAGUGGAUGAAGAAAUUUCCUGAAUCAGAAACCAAAGAAUGUCCUUUCAGAAUCAAUAAGACGGACACCAAACCAGUGCAAAUGAUGAACGUGGAGGCCACGUUCUGUAUGGGCCACGUCGACGGUAUCAACUGUAAGCUCAUAGAGCUUCCCUUUCAAAACAAGCACCUCAGCAUGCUCGUCCUACUCCCCAAGGAUAUGGAGCACGGGUCCACGGGCCUGGAACAGGUUGAAAAACAACUCAACUCAGAGACGCUAUUGCAGUGGACCAAUCCCAGUGCCAUGGCCAAUGCUAAAGUCAAAGUCUCCAUUCCAAAAUUUAAGAUGGAAAAGAUGAUUGAUCCCAAGGCUAGUCUGGAAAACCUAGGGCUGAAAAACAUCUUUAAUGAGAAUGCAUCUGAUUUCUCUGGAAUGUCAGAGACCAAGGGAGUGGCCCUCUCAAAUGUCAUUCACAGAGUGUGCUUAGAAAUAACUGAAGAAGGCGGGGAUUCCAUAGAGGUGCCAGGAUCACGAAUCCUACAACACAAGGAUGAAUUCAAUGCCGACCACCCCUUUAUUUACAUCAUCAGGCACAACAAAACUCGAAACAUCAUUUUCUUUGGCAAGUUCUGUUCUCCUUAAGUGGCAGAGCCCAGGUUAAGUCCCACCCGACUUCUCUGUAAACCCUGCAACCGAGAAUCAUUUUCUAAAUACAAUAAAUUGUUAAUAUUGCUGGAUCAGGAAGCUGCUCAUAUUCACACUAAUAGGCCUUUCUUCCAAUUUUUUUGUUGUUGUUGUUCUUUCCAUCCCACCCCGUUAAAAGACAAUACUUUUAAUGAAAAGGAAUCACCUUAGAGAAAAAAUAUGUAUUCAUCAUUUGUCAAACUAUCUAGAGUUUUUGGGAGGAAUACAGUCUUUCACAAAGAAAAUUCCUAUAAGGAGGAUCUGGAGAGGAUUUUAUUACCAAAGCUUAGCCUUCCAUCACUGGGAUACAGAAUGUUCUAGACAUUUGCUUUUCCCUGAAAGACUGAAGAAACUGGUACAUGGGCUUUGCAAAACUUUCCUGGAGCCAGUGAAACUUGGACAUACGUUCAGGCUACUGUAUGUCCACAGCGCCUUACAUUAAACCCUGUGGGACAAAUAUUUCCUUCAAAUUCUGAGUUUUGGAGAUUUUAGAAAGAUAAUAUGUGGCACAUACUGUAUGUUACGGAUCUCCAUUGAUAGAGGCUGGAGCAGAACCCUAUAAAUCAACACCUUAAUAUUUCUGCCACAAAAUGUAGACUCUCUGCACAAAAUAAAGACUCCAGGUAGCCCAUAAGUAUCAGGUUUUGCUGCCCAAUCAGUGUGCCACCUACUUAUGAAAAAACUUUCUUUUCAGAACUUUUUGAAAUUUUGGAGUGUUGGACCUGUAGUAACCAAAGGACAGCACCUCAAGGGGAAGCUCAGAUCUUAUUAAGGAUUCACUUUCACUGUUGCUAGAACCCCUACCUGGUUGUUGGGUUGGUGAGAGACCACCGGCAGGGAAUUCUAACUGACUCACAGGCUGGUGGAUGUCUGACCACCGGGGCUUAAAUGCACAGGGACUUUCACAGCAGACAAUAAAAGAAUUUUACGAGUGUUGAAGGGACUCGUCUCUCUGUGUACUGUGAUAGUGGGAAAGGGGGAGGAACUUCACGCUGCUAGGAAACGUGACUAAAGCUAUUGAUGUGCUCGCACUGCUGUGACUUGUAUUUUUCCAAAGCCUAUGGGUUUCGUUACUGUAGACAGCUAGCUGGGAACCUACAACAAUUGCAGUUUUUAAAGAUGUUUCUGAGAAGUUAUUUAUGUCACCAGUUCACGUGUUAAUUCACUACAGAAACAGGACGGCGUGGAAGAUUGGGAUCUGGUGACAGCACCCCCCUCUUUCUCCUCUGGCUUUGUUGUAAAUAGGUUCAACUUUCUUCUUACUCCGAAGGUUCAAUAUUAAAUUUCUUUUAUGCUGUUGACAAUAAAAUAUUAUUGAAUUA